GAUUUAAUCGGAAUUUUUGCUGUUAUAACUGAAGAUUUCUAAUCUCAUAAUUGAAGAUAUUUGCCAGAGAAUGCGAGUCCUGUCAUGGUAUGUUGGAAACUGCCCGUCCCAGCGUUCUUGAUACUUGUCAACAUACUCUGUCAGAAAGUGAUUGCAACACAAGCUGAUGUACGGGAAAGUCAUGGUUCAUCUCAGGGAAUUCCCUCUUCUGAAACAAACUCGAGAGUGAUAAAAUUACGGAAAAAGGCAAAAGUCUCAAAUGAUUUGACGAAAUCGACAAACUGGUGUAAAUUUUCCAUAUCAACAGCAAGCUGUAAAAAAUCGAAAUUUGAAAGAGGAAAACAGCUGAUAUUGCGACGUGAACGGACAUCAGAGACAAAUGGAGCAACAAGAACUCUGAUUAUUGUAAACGGAGAUCAAGAGAUCAGCCGGGAGUACAUCAAACAACAUCAUGAUUUUAAACCUGUGCUAAAAGCGCUUAAACAACGAAUUGAAACACUUCAGGCUCGAAAGCAAGGGAAAAUACUUUCAACAACUGGAGUGAAUAAUACAUCAUUACGUCACCUGAAGAUAUUUCCUUAUCUGGUGCGCAGUGCAUCCCGGGAUACCGAAGGGGGUAAAAAAGAAAAUGUAUUGAGUACAGCUUAUACUGAAGUCACUGAUCCUCGCUCAUCUUCUCCAGAUUAUGUGCCAUACUGGCAGGUACUGGGCACGAUUCACACCUACGACAUUCCGAAGAAAAUAGUUUCACGGCCUCUUCAUAGAGAGAAACUGCCUGAUCCUUAUAACGACGUUACUCUUUCAAAACUGCCUCUCUAUGAUGACAGAGUUUUGAAAGAUGUCACGUCUGGACUUAAAAUUUUUGUGAAAGAUUCAAACGAGAAGAAAAACGACAAAGAUUUAUCACAUCAAACUCUCACCGGCGUCACACCUGCACCUUCAUCAUCAACAAAUGGUCUUCACGACAUCUCGUCAGGUGAACCAACGUCAUCAGGAUUACAUGACGACACACUUCCUACGUCAUCAGGAUUACAUGACAACACACUUCCUUCAUCAUCAGGAUUACAUGACGACACACUUCCCACAUCAUCAGGAUUUCAUGACGUUUCGUCCGAUGUUUUUGCGUCACAUACUAGCAACGAACCAUCCAGUAGACCAACGUCAUCUCACGUCACAACCGAAAGUGUUUCAGCUGAGAACAAUGUCGCAAUGGUAGAGAAAAGCCCGCAUGAUGAGGAUAGCAUUUCUGUGGAUGAUUUAUUCAAUGACGAUGAUUCGAAGGCAACAGCGAAGAUUGACCGACUGCUGUCCGAUGAUAAAGCCACAGAUGCUCUCGCUAAAGAAAUUGCCAGCUUACUUACAGACGAGCCUGUAGGUUCAUCUGAGAAUCCGAAAGCUUCACCAAAAGAUCUUGCGAUCAUAACUGACGAUGCUCCAAUUAAACAGAAAGCUUUCCAACCAGUUACCGACGUCACUCCUGUCUCCUCCGAAGAAGCAGUAUCGUCAGCUCAGAAGUCCACCCCACUUUCCGUCUCCACUGCAACUCAGCAAUGUCUCGCUAAGAGAGGACUGGGAUCUACCCAAUGUUCCUUGUCUAUGAUCUGUUGUUCUGCGUGUUGCCCUCUUGAUUCAUGUCCAUUAAAAGAUAUAUUCAAGAAAGACGAGAUUCCAGAUGAUUGUGAUUGCAAGAGACAUGUUGUUUGUCCUGGUUUACCAAAUCCCUCUCCAGUCGUAUCAUUUCACUCCCCAAGACCUCAUUUUGUAACCUUUGCUGAGAGGCCCACCUCCCUGGCUUGGACUCCUGGGGUACUACCCCCAGCUACACCUAACUUACUUCCAGGUCUGGUACCUCCUACCCAUCCUGCCGUGUUUGUAGGUCCAUACCAGCAACAGACACCCACGCUUAUACGACACCCUGGUUUACCUUAUCAAAUCGCCCAACCUGCCCUCUCUCCUCUAAACAUAAACUACCACUGGCCGCCACAUUUUAUUCCUCAUAACCCAGGAUUCCCACCCCUAUUUGGUCCACCAGUAUAUCAUCGCCCUCUCACAUAUACUCAUCCUAUCCACCCAUACAUUCACCAUCAUCCCGCUUUUAUGCGCCCUCCUAUAUUGCACCCACCUAUUUUUCACCCACCUAUUUUGCACGCUCAUCCACCAAUAUUUCACCCUGUACCCAUACAUUUUCAUCCUCCUCAUGUUCCAGUUAUAAUCCAUCCACCUCCUCAACCAGUUGUAAUUCAUGCUCCACCACCCCCACCUCCUCCACCCCCUCCCACCACCGCCUCCUCCACCACCUCCUCCCCCACCAAAACCAAAGCCAAAAGGACCUCCAGGGCCAAGUUAUUCCGGGUCAGAUGCCACCGCAGCACAAGGAAACUCUCCAGGAGCGCCCCCUGGCCUCCCUCCAUUGGUAGUAGUUGGUACCUCCAAGAAAAAAUCAAAAUUGACUCAAACGAGCGUCCGUGAUCAUAAUUAAGGGAAGAUUAGGCUGGAUUAAUCCACUUUGAUUUGUGAUAAGUCUGGGUAGAUCAUUCUUAGUGCAAUACAAGUAUUAUUUCACAAACUAAAUACCGAAGAUAACUGAUCAGUAGCUUUAAACUCUGCAAACGUAGAAUAUAAUAAAAUUGCAUUAAUAAACAGAUCAAAACCUGCAAGUUUAUAACCAUAAAUUGAAUAAAAUAUAUAGAAUAUAAAAAUACAUGUAUAUUAGA